CUUAGUGGAGGGGAUGCUUCUUGGCCUUCGAGAUCUUCACCAGGCCGGAGUGAUACAUGGUGAUAUAAAACCCAGAAAUAUCAUCAUAGAUUCGGAAGAAAAUGUUAGACUGCUUGGCUUUGGAAGAAAAAUCAAACUGAAAAAGGAAGAAACAACAGAGAAUGAUUGUACAAAGAGCUCUGACAUCAAGGCUGCUGGGAAGAUGGUGUACUACAUCCUCUCUGGUGGGAAAGAUCAUUGUGACACGCAGAAUGAUGAGCUAGAUAUUGAAGCCCAGGAUCUCAUAGACUGGAUGAUCAACCAACAACCAGCCAUUGAUAAGGUCCUAAAACACCCUUAUUUCUGGGAUGAAAAUAGAAAAGAGGAAGUGCUGAGGAAAGUGGGCGAUCGACCCGAAGUCCAGUACUACACUGAUAUUUCAGAAGUUUGCAAAAUAUGGAAAGCUGAAGAAGGUCUAACAGGAACAGAAGCCGUCAAAAGGGCAUUUGAUAGAAUGGACAAUAAAGGAAAAAAGAGAAAACCUAAGGUUCUUGGGAUACUUGGAGAGACUGAGCAAGUCCAGAACGAAAGCUUUCCUGAAAAGUUUUUAAAGCUUUGUGACUAUGCAGAGAGCUACUCAAAAGACAAAACAUUUAGUAACUGGAAAUCAGAGCUUUCAGGUGAAUGGUCAGACAUAGACAAAACUUGUCUGGAGAACUUAAUUGGCCUUCUGCGUACUUACCGCAACAAACUGGCUCAUGUUUGGAAAUUCGAUCAACAGUUGUUCGGCUGUUUUCCAGAUUUCUACAUCAGCUUGCACAGAUUGGCUACAGACAUGGGCUGGGACUGUAUCUGGUCUUAAGAUGAGUGAGGAGAACAUCAGCACCUGUUGUGGGAGGAGAUGAGAGAGCCUCUAUCAUGGGGACUAGAACUGUUAAAAGCGACACAUGUGUGACCCAUCAAGUGUCACCACUCUCAUUCUCCUUUAGAGACCUCACUGGACCACCAGGGGAUUUAGGAGUUUACACCGGCCUAAAACCAGUCUCAGAACCCAGUGUAAAAAAAAUAAAUAAAAAUAAAAUAAAAAA